AUGGUGCAUCUGGAUUUAGAUGCAUCUAGGAAGAAGAAAGGAAUGCCGGCUAAGAAUCUAAUGGCUGAGAGAAGAAGAAGGAAGAAGCUUAAUGAUAGGCUUUACAUGCUCAGAUCAGUUGUCCCCAGCAUCAGUAAAAUGGAUAGAGCAUCCAUACUUGGUGAUACUAUUGAUUAUCUUAAAGAGAUCUUACAGAGAAUCAAUGAUCUUCAUACCAAGCUUGAAUCUACUCCAUCGAGCUCUUCAGGCUUAACACCGACCCCACAGACGCUACCUUGCCGUGUUAAGGAAGAGUUGUGUCCGUCUUCCUCCUCCUUGUCAAGCCCUAAAGGCGAGCAAGCAAGAAUUGAGGUUAAGUUAAGGGAAGGAAAGGCAGUGAACAUUCACAUGUUCUGUGGAAGACGCCCUGGUCUUUUACUUUCCACCAUGAGAGCUUUGGAUGACUUAGGAUUGGAUGUUCAACAGGCCGUGAUUAGCUGUUUCAACGGUUUUGCUUUGGAUGUUUUCCGCGCUGAGCAAUGCCAAGAAGGUCACGAGGUGUUUCCUGAACAAAUCAAAGCAGUGCUUCUAGACACAGCUGGUUACUCUGGUUUGCUUUGAUUCCAAUUCCUUUGCGGAACAGAAGGAAGCAUCUAUGAAGCAAAGCUAGAGGUCUAUAAGCCUUUAAUUAACUAGUCAGCAAUUUUCUUACAGUUAGUUUCAUUUCAUCAGUCUUAAUCUUGUAUUGCAGAUGAUAGUUAUUAAUUUAAUCUGGCUUUGACAAAAAAAAACAUGUGUUUGUGCAUGCAUCAGUUCAACCUUUUCAUACUCGUUGCAUAAAAUAAACUAUUUCACAU